AUGAAAGACCCUUUAGAAUAUCUUGAGCAUAUAAACUUCAAUACAAACAGAUUCCCUCAGUAUAAUCAUCUAGUAGAAAGUUGCCCUUCUGAAAAUGAGAAAGAAAAGAUUAUACGAAUUUGUCGGUGUUGGCAAUCAGCAAAAUUUCCAUAUUGUGAUGAUACCCAUAAGGUUUUCAUAGAAAAUGGAGAUAAUGUGGGACCAUUCGUUGCUAAACUUGUUAGUUAUAAAUUAAGUGACGAUGAAAGAUUAAAACGGCAAAAAUAUAAUGAAAAAUACAUUAAGAUAGAUAAAAAAAUAACAGCAAAUCAAUACUCCGCUUUAAAUAAUAAAUUAAACUAUACCCGUUUCAUGAAUUUUAACACAUAUCCAUUUAAUAAUAAUAAAUUUAAAAAAUCAAUGCUAUUUUCAUUUGCUAUAUUAACAUCAGCUUUAUUAUAUGAUCAAAAAGAGAAGUUAAGAUAUCUUUUGCAAAUUAAUAAGAAAUUAUUUAAGGAUAUAGAAAUUAAAAGAGAUCAUGCAGGAAUAUGA